CAGCGUCCAGCGCCUCUCCUCAAGUCCGCUCCGCGACCGACCACCAUGUCUGUAAAGCUGUGCCUGCUGGCGUGCUGCCUGGUGUCGGCCUCGGCGGGACUGCUGCCGGGCUACGGCUACGGCAACUCCCUGCUGCCCGCGGCCGCCCACGACCCCUACUACGACCCCAACCCGCAGUACAACUUCGCGUACAGCGUGCAGGACGCCGUCACGGGAGACUCCAAGUCGCAGCAGGAGAGCCGCCAGGGAGACGUCGUCCAGGGCAGCUACAGCCUCGUCGAGCCCGACGGCCACCUGCGUGUCGUCAAGUACACCGCCGACCCCGUCAACGGCUUCAACGCCGUGGUGGAGCGGACCGGCGCCGGGCUGGCCGCCUACCCGGGCGCCUCGCCCCUGGCGCGCCCCUACCACCGCUUCGGCGCCCACCACUACUGACCUGACCCCACCCCGGGCCUCCGACCACGCUCUGCUAUAUUUAUUGCCUCCAGCCAAUUGCUUCGCCGGCCAGAGUACCAUUAUGCUUAGUGCUGCAUGACGUGCGUUACAAAUAAACAUACCUUGUUUCGCA